AUGGCGGUCAGGAUGUGGGGAGAAGAAAGAGGAAGCUCUGGGGAACUCCCACCAUCCCACAAAAAAGGAAUUGCCCUGCAUCCCCUCAGAAUGAUGGCAGAAACCUGUGAAAUGUGUCCAUGUACCGAAUGGAACGCAACUUGUGAACACUGGCAGGCCGUGCAGACUGCCCUGGAAAGCUGCUACCUUCCCAUUUUUUAUGGCAUUGAGUUUGUUGUGGGAAUCCUUGGGAAUACUGCUGUUGUUUUUGGCUACCUCUUCUGCCUGAAGAACUGGAACAGCAGUAACAUCUACCUCUUCAACCUCUCUAUCUGUGACUUGGCUUUUUUGUGUACCCUUCCCAUGCUGAUGAGACAGUACGCCCAGAGCAAAUGGACAUACGGAUAUGUGCUGUGUAUAAGCAACCGAUAUGUACUUCAUGCCAACCUCUAUACCAGUAUUCUUUUCCUCACUUUCAUCAGCAUCGAUAGAUAUCUGCUCAUGAACUAUCCUUUCCGGGAACACCUCCUGCAAAAGAAAGCAUUCGCUAUUUUAAUAUCUUUGGCCAUUUGGGGUUUAGUAACCUUAGAGCUCCUGCCCAUACUUCUUUUUAUACAUUCUGAUGACAACAGCCACAACUGUACUGAUUAUGCAAGUUCUGGGGACCCCAAUCACAGCCUCAUUUAUAGCCUGUGUCUAACCUUUCUGGGCUUUCUCAUUCCCCUUUUUGUGAUGUGCUUCUUUUAUUUGAAGAUUGCUCUCUUUCUAAAGCAGAGGAACAGGCAGCUCACUACAGCUUUGCCCCUUGAGAAGCCUCUCCACUUAGUCAUCAUGGCAGUUGUGAUCUUCUCUGUGCUUUUUACUCCCUACCAUGUCAUGCGAAAUGUCCGGAUUGCUUCACGCCUGGAGACCUGGAAGAAGUCCCCAUGUACUGAAGCCAUCAUCAACUCCUUGUAUAUCCUGACAAGGCCGUUGGCCUUUCUGAACAGUGUCAUCAACCCUGUCUUCUAUUUCCUUUUGGGAGAUCACUUCAGGGAGAUGUUGAUGAAUAAACUGAGGCACCACUUCAAGGCCCUUACAUCCUUCAGAAGAUGA